CCAUUCAAUUCCUCUCUCUCUCUCUCUCUCUCUCUCUCUAAAUUCGCCGGCGAAUUUCUAAUUUAUUUUAGAACCGAAAUUCUUUUUUUUAUUUUAUUAUUAUCAGUUGUGGACACAGUCUCCAAGAUCGGUUAGAAUUCUGGUCAGAGGCAUUUAUGACUGUCGAUCUACCUCGUGAUCCGUGACGCAGAAACACGAUUAAUAUAAUAAUUUUUCUCACAGAGGGUCCGUGCGGGUAAAUUGAUACUCUUUGGACCCUAAUUUGACCGAUUGGGAAGUCAGGUCUCCGGCGGCGCCGCCUUGAUUCUUCGUGACGGAGAUUAGAUGUCGGGGCCACUGGAUCGAUUCGCUAGGCCUUGCUUUGAGGGGUUUUCGGGUAGUGAUGAGAGGAGAGAGAGGAAAUCUGAUUUCGAGAACUCAGAGGAUGAAAGGCGCACAAGAAUUGGAUCCUUGAAAAAGAAGGCGUUAAAUGCAUCUACUAGAUUUAAGCAUUCUCUCAAAAAGAAGAGUAGUAGAAGGAAAAGUGAUGGCCGUGUUAGCUCUGUAUCCAUCGAGGAUGUUCGAGAUGUGGAGGAGCUAAAGGCUGUUGAUCAAUUUCAACAAGCAUUGAUUAUGGAAGAACUGCUUCCAGACAAACAUGAUGACUAUCACAUGAUGUUGAGGUUCUUGAAAGCACGGAAGUUUGAUAUUGAUAAAGCUAAGCACAUGUGGGCAGAUAUGCUCCAAUGGAGGAAGGAGUUUGGUGCUGAUACCAUCAUGGAGGAUUUUGAGUUCAAGGAGUUGAAUGAGGUUUUAAGGCAUUACCCUCAUGGCCAUCAUGGUGUUGAUAAAGAGGGAAGACCUGUGUAUAUAGAAAGAUUAGGAAAAGUUGAUCCCAACAAGCUCAUGCAAGUUACAACUAUGGAUCGGUAUGUAAAAUACCAUGUCCGGGAGUUUGAGAAGGCCUUCACUGUGAAAUUCCCUGCAUGUACAAUUGCUGCAAAGAGGCAUAUAGAUUCAAGCACAACAAUUUUAGAUGUUCAUGGUGUGGGCUUUAAGAAUUUUACUAAGUCUGCAAGGGACCUGAUUAUGCGACUGCAAAAGAUUGAUGGUGACAAUUACCCUGAGACUCUUCACCAAAUGUUUAUCAUUAAUGCUGGUCCUGGGUUUAGGCUGCUGUGGAACACCGUGAAGACAUUUCUUGAUCCCAAAACAACUUCCAAAAUUCAUGUUAUUGGAAACAAGUACCAAAGCAAAUUGCUUGAGAUUAUUGAUGCCAGUGAGUUACCAGAAUUUCUGGGUGGUAGCUGUACCUGUGCAGAUCAGGGAGGUUGCCUUCUGUCUGAUAAGGGGCCUUGGAAGAACCCAGAAAUAUUGAAGAUGGUUCUUAAUGGUGAGGCACGGCGUGCUAGACAAGUUGUAAAAGUUUUGAAUAGUGAUGGGAAGGUUAUUGCUUAUGCUAAGCCACAAUAUCCAAUGUUGAAGGGUAGCGAUACAUCCACCGCAGAAUCUGGAUCAGAAGCUGAAGAUAUUGCAUCCCCGAAAGCAAUGAAGAGCUAUUCGCAACUUCGGCUGACCCCUGUUCAUGAAGAAGCUAAGGUCAUUGGGAAAACAAGCUAUGCUGGUAACUUCUCAGGCUAUGAUGAAUAUGUUCCCAUGGUAGACAAAGCUGUUGAUUCUAGUUGGAAGAAACAAACCUCCCUGUUGAGGCCUGCUUCCAAAGGUACAUUAGUGUUGCCUGAAACUCGUAAGACCCCAGAAGGAAUUCAAGCUUGGAUUUUGCUGAAUCUUAUGGCUUAUUUCAUGACACUUUACACUGUCUUCCGCUCUGUAGCAUGCCAUAUAACUGGAAAGCUUCCUAACACAGUUUCCGGUCAUUGUCAAAAUGUUCCUGAACUUACCCCUGAUGCAACUCAAGAGGAAGAGUUUCGCCCUCCUUCUCCAACCCCUCCUUUUACUCAGGCAGAUCUUCUAUCUUCAGUGCACAAGAGGUUGGGUGAGCUUGAGGAGAAAGUUGGUACUCUACAAGCAAAGCCAUCUGAGAUGCCUUAUGAGAAAGAGGAAUUGUUGAAUGCCGCUGUAUGCCGUGUUGAUGCCCUAGAAGCAGAGCUAAUUGCUACCAAGAAGGCUCUUCAUGAAGCUUUGAUGAGGCAAGAAGAACUGCUUGCUUACAUAGACAGUCAAAGGGAAGCCAAACUGCGGAAAAAGAAGUUUUGCUGGUGAUAUGCUUUGCUGAUGGAGAGACUACAAAAAUCAGUAACUGUUUUGAGUUCCUUUCUGUUUUACUGUUCAACUUCAACAUCAGCCGCCUAUGUUGAUCUUGUGGAGGAUAUACCGCUAUGAGCAAUGUAACUGUGUAUCCGCUCAUAAUUGAAUAUAAAUCCUACUGCCCAGAAAUGCACAAGAACCAUAAUGGAACUGUCUUUCUUUCGGCUUAUUUCAUUUCCCUACUCUUUUUCCUAUGUAAUGUCUGAAAUUGUCGCACUUCUUAAAGUAAAAGGGUUCUCAUAUUUAUAUAUGUUGCUUUUGGAACUUUGUUGUCAAAAGUUAGAUUUGUUGAGCUUCACUUAUAUCACGAUUUCUAACGUUGUAAGUUCCCCUAAUAAAUACUUGGCUUAACAUGUCAGAACCCGGUUUUGAGGUUUUACUGUUCGACAUAAAAUUGUAGCUGGGUACUGCAAGAAACCAACCAUCGGAGCAACCAUAAUGUUCGAGAACUAACUACAACUGAGGAAAACAAGAAAAUUCUCAGCUCUCUUCGAACAGGUUUCAAAAAUUGUCUCUGACAAUGAGCAUUGAAGCGAUGACAGAAAGUGAUUGCGAUUAGAGGUUCAAAUCCUCGACUCUUCACCAGGCAUUGACGGAAGAAACAGGAAUGAUAUGUAAGGACAUACUGCAAUAGCAGAUACUAUGUAAAUGGUAGUCUUGUUGGUACUAGGUAUAGUAAAGUUUCAAGCUAAAAUACCAGGUUGUGGUCAGAAGAAACUUGAGAAAGGCACUGAUUUUUAUCUCCUCCGUAGCCAAGAUUUCUGCUGUUCUUUUUCUUCACUUUUAUUACGACAUUUUUAACUU